AGGAGAUCAGGCAAUUGUCCGAGGAUUACGACGAUGACGACGACUACGACGACCAGGACGCCACGCCCGCGGCGGCGUCGCAGCUCCCGGUUGCCGCGGCGGCCACUUCGUCGAGGGCGGCGGGCUACCCCGCGGCCGCCGCGGAGCCCGCGCCGGCGCCCGCGCCAGUCGCCCCGCGCGGCUCGACGGCGACGGCGCUCCCGCUGGCCGCGCCCGCGGCGGCGCCGGCCGCCGCGCCCGCGCAGGCGGCGGCGCCGGCGGGGGCCGAGUACCAGAGGGGCGACCAGGUCCAGUACUGGAGUGACUCCAAGAACCGCUGGAUUGACGCCCUGGUGGAGGACGUCCGUGAGAAGGACGGCCGGAUCGUGUACGACCUGAACUGCAAGAAGGGCGCCGCCCUGGACAAGCUGAAGAGACCUGGCGCGGACUGAGGGGCGCCACGCCAGACGCUGCCCAGAAGUCUCGCAGGCCUCGAGGUUGACACCAACACCAAUCUCGGCCCCCCCCCCUGUGCUGGUGUUGGUGCCAAUGCCCAGGCCUCCAACAGUCGGCGACGCGCCCCGAGGGGGGGGAAGCGAGAGGGGGCGGGCCUCGCCGGCCCGCCGGCCCUGGCAUCCCGCCCGCGCGUCCGUCGUCGUCUGCCUGCUUCUCCCCUCCUCGGCCCCGCCUGCCGGGCAGCACAGGCCUGCCCCGGGCCACCGCGGCGGCGCCGCAGGGCCUCGGCCGGGGGCGCGCCUGCUCUCGGGAGGCUCGGAGGCCCGCCGACCUUCCGAGAGGUUUUCCUUCCGCGGAGGCACCGUCAGCAGGCGCAGGGGGCCGCUGAGAGGCCCCGUCGUCCUCUGAGCAGGCCUCCUCCUCCUCCUCCUCCUCCUCCUCCUCCUCCUCCUCACUUCCUCCUCCUCCUCGUCCACCUCCUUUCCGCGAGCGCGCGGGAGCGCGCGAGAUCGCGGGCUGGGGGGAGGGACGGGUGUGAGGGCGAGAGCGCCCUGCAUGGCCGCCUCGUCCCCGCUGGCGCGUUGGCAGGCGGUCCCCCGCGAGCCAGCCCGGGAAACAC